AUGGGUUGGUUCCAGACCCAAGUUCUGGUUUUUGAAAUGGGGUACAUAGGAGCACAUGGUGUAGCAGCUCUUCAUAGAUACAAAUACAGUGCUUCUUUAAGGCAGCUCUCACAUUCUUUUGAGACAUUUGAUGCGGUUGAUGGGAAGCAAGCACGACGAACAAACUCCUCUAGCCCACUAGGAGAGCUUUUUGAUCAUGGUUGUGAUGCACUUGCUUGUGCGUUUGAAACAAUGGCAUAUGGAAGCACUGCAAUGUGUGGAAGAGAUACUUUCUGGUUUUGGGUUAUUGCUGCUGUUCCCUUCUUUGGAGCAACUUGGGAACACUAUUUCACCAAUACACUUAUUCUUCCGGUAGUCAAUGGCCCUACAGAAGGUCUUGCACUUAUAUACUGUGGCCACUUCUUCACUGCCAUUGUUGGUGCUGAAUGGUGGGCUCAGCAGUUUGGGAAGUCGAUUCCCUUAUUGAGUUGGGUGCCAAUUUUGAACGAGAUUCAAAUGUCCAGAGUAGUACUAUUCUCAAUGAUUGUUUUUGCUGUUAUACCAACCGUUGCAUUCAACGUGUCUAAUGUUUACAAAGUUGUACAGUCAAGAAAAGGAAGCAUGCUUCUAGCAUUAGCUAUGCUAUAUCCCUUCGUCGUGCUACUUGCAGGAGUUUUGACUUGGGAUUACUUGUCUCCGAUUGAUCUCAUAAGAAACUACCCUCACUUAGUUGUAUUGGGAACUGGUCUUGCAUUUGGAUUCCUUGUGGGAAGAAUGAUUCUAGCUCACUUAUGUGAUGAGCCAAAAGGAUUAAAAACAAACAUGUGUCUGUCACUGCUUUACCUUCCCUUUGCACUAGCAAAUGCUCUAACCGCUAGACUCAACGACGGGGCUCCUCUUGUGGAUGAGUUUUGGGUUCUUCUUGGUUAUUGUAUAUUCACAAUGGCACUAUAUUUGCAUUUUGCAACUUCAGUCAUUCAUGAGAUCACUACUGCUCUUGGAAUCUACUGCUUCAGGAUUACGCCCAAAGAAGCUUGAAGGAAACAUUUAAAAAGGAAAAACAAAUCUUAAGGUAGGAUAAUGCAGAUCACAACACAAAUCUGAAUAUUUUUGUACUGAAACUAAACGACUGAUCGACAUGUUUUUGGAAAAUGUUUUUAUUUUGUUUGUUUUUCUUGUUUGCUCAAAAUAGUUCAUUCAUGUAGAACCUUUUUUGUAAUGCUUCUAAAAAAAGCAGGAUUUUUAUAUGAUUAUUAUUUGAUGAAUUUCGUUUUUGUGAUUA